AUGGAAUAUUUUUAAGAUUUAAUAAAUGUUUCUGCCGAUGAAGCUAAACAUUUUCUUUUGCUUUAAGAAAGAAUUUCAAAAGUAAAUAUUAAAUAUGGAGAUUUACCUGUACAUACAGGACUUUUAUAAAAUGUAUUAGAUUCAAUGAAUUGUGUUUUGACUAGAUUAUCUUUGAUUUCAAUUAUUUAAGAAGGAAAAGGGGUAGAUGCUGAUCCCAAACAAUUUUAAAUGCCACUUAUGUAGCUUGCAAAGUUAGUAUUACUUGAAGAUUUAGCACAUUGA